AUGACUACCCGCAAAAGAAAGCAAGAGGCUGAGGAGGAGCUCCAGGCCCUUCCUAGCGAUGAGAGCGAAGAGGAGGAAGAAUAUGAAGACUCCGAGCCCGAAGUAGAGGAAGGAAGCGACGAGGGCGAACAGGAGGAGGUGGAGGGAGAGUCUGAGUCUGACGAAGAGGAGGAAGGAGACGAAGCAGAAGCAGAAGCAGAAGCAAAACCCGAAGCCAAAGACAAAGACGAAGGCGCCCCGGCAGCCAAGAAGCAGAAGACUGCACCCGUUGUUGUCGAUGACGACGAGGCCGAGAACGGCGCAAACGGCGAAGAAGAAGAAGAAGACGACGAGCCCGAUGAGGGGGAAGACGUGGAAGAGAGCGCCGCAGAUACCGCUACCGAGAGCGGACCUGCUACUGCUGCUGCUGAGGAUAAGGGCGGUGUUGUUCCUAAGGAGUCGGAUCUACCUGAGAUUGAAGCGGCUGAGGAAGAGAAGUGA